AGGAUUAGGGUUCUUGAGAACCAUGUGAUCCGUUGCUCUCGCCAUAUCAUCCCUCCACUCGCUAAAGCUUCCCCUGACUCUAUCUUGAUCAUUGUCUCUAAUCCUGUUGAUGUUUUGACUUACGUUGCUUGGAAGCUCUCUGGUUUCCCGGUGAAUCGGGUGCUUGGAUCUGGUACUAACCUCGAUUCUUCUCGGUUUAGAUUCUUAAUCGCAGAUCAUCUCGACGUUAAUGCUCAGGACGUACAGGUGAUAAUAGCUCAUAAUGUAUUGUUGAGACUUGAGACGAUCAGUUGGUUUUGUGGUUACACUUCUUGGGCCAUUGGUUAUUCUGUUGCUAAUCUAGCUCGCACUAUUCUCCGUGACCAGCGCAAGAUACAUCCUGUCACGGUUCUUGCUCGUGGCUUUUAUGGUGUCGAUGGGGGUGAUGUCUUCCUCAGCCUCCCGGCUUUGCUUGGACGCAAUGGUGUGGUCGCUGUGACCAAUGUGCAUAUGACUGAUGAUGAGUCUGAGAAGCUGCAAAAGUCGGCUAAGACUAUAUUGGAGAUGCAGAGCCAGUUGGAACUUUGA